AACACUAAUCGCUCAGCACUAAGUGAUACCUCCGCCGUUGGCAGGCUGUUCUUCGUGGGUGCUCGUGAAGGUCACCUCCCGGACGCCUUAUCAAUGAUUCAUGCGGAGAGGUAUACUCCUGUCCCUGCUCUGCUCUUCAACUGUGCCAUGGCCUUGGUUUACCUGACUGUAGAGGAUGUCUUCCAGCUGAUCAACUACUACAGCUUCAGCUACUGGUUCGUUAUGGGUCUGUCUAUCGCCGGGCAGAUCUACCUGCGCUGGAAGGAACCAGACAGACCCAGACCACUCAAGUUGACCCUGUUGUACCCCAUCAUCUUCUGUUGUUGCACUGUGUUCCUCGUGGCAGUGCCACUGUACAGUGACACCGUCAACUCUCUCAUUGGCAUCGCCAUUGCCCUCUCUGGAGUGCCGGUCUACUUCCUGGGCAUCCACCUGCCCGAGUCCAAACGCCCACCCUACAUUACCAAUUUACUACGUUCUUUCACACACUUUACCCAGCUCACCUGUUUCUGUGUGCUCACUGAGAUGGACAUCAGUGGGUAAACCUCACUCCCAACCAUGACACAAAGUUCUCACCAUAUUACCCACCACCCUCUGCAAUUCACAAAUAGACACAUGGGACCAAAUCAUGGAAAUUCACCUAUUUUUUUUUUGCAAAGACAUGGGAAUAUUUAAUACUUUUACCAGAAUGUCUCACUACUAUGUUAGUCUGUAGUUUACAAGUUGGGACACUAUACACACGUUUACACGCACAGACAGGUAUAGAGAGGUGACAGUGUGGGACUCCAGUUGCUUUCCACUGUUGCCAACCUGAUGCCUGAUGGUUCAUGUGAAGUUAAGCAUUGGACAAGGACAGUACCCAAGAAAAGCCAUGGUCGUCUGGCCAGUACUCUAGGACAUCCCCUCGUCCUUAUGUCAUUAUACUACUCAUAGUUUCACUUCUCCCCAUCUCCUGACAUCAUUGUCCCUUGCCUGGUGUAUGGGGUGAGAUCUACAUCAGAGCAUAUGGAGUUGUUCUCUCCCUUCUCAGAGGCUGGAGAUCUAUGUAAGAUGGCAGUACAUCUCUUAUCUCGUGAUGGAAUGACCUAUAGAGGUUGUUUUGAUGUCAGAGGGUAUAGGUAUGCACUUUUUAAUAUGCUGUGCCUGUCAAAUACAUAUACACUGAGUGUACAAAACAUUAGGAAUACCUGCUCUUUCCAUGACUGUCCAGGUGAAAUCUAUUAUCGCUUAUUGAUGUCACCUGUUAAAUCCACUUCAAUCAGUGUAGAUGAUGGUUAUGAGAAAGGUUAAAUAAGUAUUUUUUCAAAUUUAUUCUUGAGACAUGGGUUGUGCAUGUGUGCCAUUCAGAGGGUGAACUGGCAAGACCAAACUAUUUAAAUGUCCUUGGGUAUGGUAGUAGCUGUCAGGCGCACCGGUUUGAGUGUCAACUGCAACUCUACUGGGUUUUUCACACUCAAGUUUUCCCGUAUCAAGAAUGGUCCAACACCAAAAGGCCAUCCAUCCAGCUUGAGACAACUGUGGGAAGCAUUGGAGUCAACAUGGGCCAGCAUCCCUGUGGAAUGCUUUCGACACUUUGUAGAGUUCAAGCCAGACAAAUCGAGGCUGUUCUGAGGGCAAAAACUCAAUAUUAGGAAGUCGUUCCUAAUGUUUUGUACACUGUCUGCAUAUCCAGAAGGGACAUGCAAACAGACCGGUUUUCAUAAAUAUUCAAAUGUAUUUCCUAAAGGUGAUGCUACGGUCUUGUUCUCUUGGCACUAUGGAUGAUGGUUUAUUGGAAAAGGGGAACAAAUGACUCACCGUCUGCUACUACAUGGUUGUUCAGUGUUUUUUUCCCCCCAGCCCUCCUUUCUGGUGUUACUUCAGUUGAGAUGCUCAUUUGUCUGUGAACUGCUGACUGACCUUAGUAAGGUUAAUGUAGUAUGCAAACUAUUUAUCCAUAAACCCGAAUCCCUCCCACAAAGACCUUCUGUACUACUUUUGAAAAUGUGCAAUAGCCAACUGUCAUCUCAGCAUUGGCAAACGUAACCCUCCAAAGACCAUGGUGACUGAGGCCAUGUCAGCUUUACCAACAGUUGGGAUCACUUGAUGGGCCUAUUGGGACAGCAGCAGUGAAUUAAACAGAACGUUAACUUUAUUGUACCUGUAAGUUAACCAUGCAAAGGAUCUCCUGGGCCAAUAUUUAUAGUUAUUCAGUGAAUAUGAAAGACGCUGUUACCCAUGAACAAGUUAAAUAUGAGGAAUGAGUUGGCUCUGUCAGUUUGCCUGCUGAAU